AUGACUAUUGCACCAUGGAACGUUUUAGCUGGGGGAAAGAUCCGCUCAGAUGAAGAGGAGGAGCGAAGACUCCGGACGGGAGAGAGAGGUCGAGCGACCUUCACCAAUGGGUGGAUGCGCACGCCAGAGGAGAGAAAGGUUUGUCAGGCGCUCGAGAAAGUGGCCAAAGAGGUGGGCGCGAGGAAUAUUACCGCAGUCGCGAUCGCCUAUGUCAUGCAGAAGACGCCAUACGUGUUUCCCAUCAUUGGAGGCCGCAAGAUUGAGCACCUCAUGGACAACAUCCAGGCACUCGAGAUUGCGCUCAGCGCUGAACAGGUCGCGUACCUCGAGAGCGUCUUGCCAUUUGACAGCGGCUUCCCUUACGAUAUAAUAGGCAACGGUACGGACUAUCCGCGCCCAUACAAAUCGGCAGGCCACUUCGACAGGUGGCUGCUUCCACAGGCCAUCUACCCCGUUAAGCAGAAGUGA